UAUGAUUUGAUGAAAUAACCCCUCUGCCUCCUUUAAGCCCAUCCCUUUGCUCAGUGUACCCACUCAUCAUCAUGCCACUUUCAUACCCUAAUGUACUUUCUACGCUGGAGAAUCCACAUGCACCUCCAAACAUUUUUUUUCUUGUGAUUUUUAAGGGAGAUUUUAUUUAGAGGCGGUGCUUGUUGGCUCCAGAGUAGCGUCGUAACGACACUUUUUCCCCCAGUCCCUGUUAAAAGAGUUAGACCGGGGCCAGAGUUGGUGCUGGGGGGUCGCCUAUAGUUUAGUAAUUUCCUGGGGGGUGAUAAUUGCAGCGUUUUUUUUAUUUUAAUGCCAUCAGAUUUUUUUCUACUUUAUUUUAUUUUUUAUUUUUCUACUUCUCUGCAAAAAAUCGCCACUCUCUCUCACUCUUAAGAUCUGAUACCCCUUCGAGAUUUUUCCUCUCAGAUCAUGUACAGACUAUAUAUUGGGAAUUUAAGUCCUUCGGUCACUGAGGAGGACUUGAAGCAGCUCUUUAGGGAGAGGAAGCUGCCAGUGCCCGAGCAGGUCCUACUGAAAUCCGGCUAUGCUUUUGUGGACUUCCCCGACCAGAACUCGGCCAUAAAGGCUAUAGAGACUCUUUCUGGUAAAGUUGAAUUACACGGCAAGGUGAUAGAGGUAGACUACUCUGUUCCCAAAAAACUAAGGAGUCGGAAGAUCCAGAUCCGGAACAUUCCCCCUCAUCUACAGUGGGAGGUUUUGGAUGGCCUUCUAGCUCAGUAUGGUACUGUAGAAAACGUGGAACAAGUGAACACUGAUACAGAAACAGCAGUGGUGAAUGUUACGUACUCAACCAAGGAGGAAGCUAAAGAAGCCAUUGAGAAGUUAACAGGACACCAAUUCGACGACUACUCCUUCAAGGUGUCAUAUAUUGCUGACAUGGAUGCUGCUCCGCCCGACCAGGCUCCCCGCACGCGGCGUGGGGGACGGUCGUCCCGGGACCAGGGCACCUGUCAGCCUGGGCCCUCGGGAGAAUUCGGUGCUCCACGCUCCAGACAUCAUGACUACCCCCUGCGCAUACUCGUGCCUACUCAGAUGGUGGGAGCCAUCAUCGGCAAGGACGGUCAGACCAUUAAGAAUGUCACCAAACAGACACAGUCCAAGGUCGACAUCCAUCGAAAAGAAAAUGCAGGUGCGGCAGAAAAGCCCAUCACCAUCCACUCAACUCCUGAUGGCUGCUCCUCCGCCUGUCGCAUGAUCAUGGACAUCAUGCAGAAGGAGGCCAACGAGACCAAGACGACGGUGGAGGACAUCGCUCUGAAGAUCCUCGCCCACAACAGCCUCGUGGGCCGACUGAUUGGGAAGGAAGGCCGCAACCUGAAGAAGAUCGAGGAGGAGACAGGGACCAAGAUUAUCAUCUCCCCGUUACAUGAAUUAACUUAUUACAACCCUGAGAGGACCAUCACAGUGAAGGGCUGCUUGGAGGCGUUGAUUAAAGCCCAGGCGCAGAUCAGUGGGAAACUGAGGGAUGCCUACGAGAAUGACGUUGCUGCUACACACCAACAGGCCAACCUGAUCCCAGGCUUGAACCUGAAUGCUCUGGGCAUCUUCUCCUCUGGUCUGCCGGUGCUGCCCCCUGCUGCUGGACCACGUGGUGCAGUGCCCCCUGUGGCGACAGCAGGAUACAACCCAUUCUUAAGUCACUCUUCUUCACAUCUCAGUGGCCUGUACGGGGUUCCUCCAGCAAGUGCCAUCACCCACCAGCACUCACAACAGGCUCCAGAACAGGAGGUUGUCUACCUCUUUAUUCCAUCUCAGGCAGUCGGGGCCCUGAUCGGCAAGAAGGGCCAGCACAUCAAACAACUCGCCCACUUCGCUGGAGCUUCCAUCAAGAUUGCUCCAGCUGAAGGCCCAGAUGUUCCUGUGAGGAUGGCUAUCAUUACUGGACCCCCAGAGGCUCAGUUUAAGGCCCAAGGUCGGAUAUAUGGGAAGCUGAAAGAGGAGAACUUCGUCUCACUGAAGGAAGAGGUCAAACUGGAGACGCACAUCAAGGUUCCCUCAACUGCAGCUGGCAGGGUCAUCGGUAAAGGCGGCAAGACGGUAAACGAGCUGCAGAACCUUACGAGUGCUGAGGUCAUCGUACCGCGGGACCAAACUCCAGAUGAGAACGACGAGGUCUUUGUGAAAAUCAGCGGGCAUUUCUUUGCCAGCCAGACUGCACAGAGGAAGAUCCGGGAGAUCAUUCAGCAGGUCAAACAGCAGGAACAGAAGCACCAGCAGGGCGCCGCUGUGUCACCGUACCACUCCAAGUGACCAGCGGGGUGGCUCAAGUGGGCGCCAGCCAAUGAAUGUAGCCCUCCCAAAUGGACAGAGACCUACCCAGACAAAGGCCAAGGCCAAGGGGGACAUGCAGGGCAGACCAGCAGCACCGGGAUCAAAACCAAAGAACUUCACUAGGGGGGAAACAAGUGAGAGCCAAAGGCUGAGGGCAUUGUGUGCACUGCCAGCCCUGUGAGAGCAGAUAGAGUGGGAGAAAUCGUACUGAUAUAAUAUAAUAAAAAAAGACCAAAAAAAAAAAAAUACAAAAAAAUACAAGAAAGGUGGAAAUGGCAGAGGAUUUGGGAACUGUUGUCUUCACAGUUAAAAAGGUUAACAGGAAGUAGAAUGUCGCCCUGCAUAACGUUAUCUCUUUAGUUGGACUAACAUAGGCCUAACAAACCGAUAAAGCAACUGUAUUAACACGAGCGUAUACAAGGCAUUGUGAUUGAUAUUUACGGUUAGAAUGAGAGCGAGUGACAAUGGACGCCCUCUCUCACAAGAGUUUGAGAUAUUCAGAUUGCAAGAUUAAAUAUCCUUAGCAGUAUUAACACAGAGUAGAAACGUAUAUUGAUACACACUGAGAUUGUGCACUGUUAUUUUUCUACCAAAAUGACAGUACAGCUUGGUGUAGUUUUUUUAAUAUUUUUGCUUGUUCCAGAGAUUGAUCGGGCUGUGACGGCCACAUAAAGUGGUUUCCCUUGUUUGUUCACAUUAUAGGCCACUGAAAUCAAAAAGAAAAAAAAAACCCUAUAAGUAAAUAUGGUGAAUGGUUCUGAGUCUUUGUAACAAGCCUGUGUGUGUGCCAACGCAAAAGAUAACGUCCCUUUGAAAUGUCUCUCACCAUUCAUAUCUGAUGCAACACUUCUUUUUUUAAAUUUACUUUCUUUUUUUCUGCUAAUUUCUGCUUCACUUUCUCAUCACUCUCUCUCAUCUGGCAUUGUGUUGGGUUUUUUUUAAAUAGGAUAAAAAUAUGUCAUCAAGAAACACUUUUUUUCUGUAGCCUUUUGAUAACAUUGAACUGACUGCCACUUUCACUCAACAGAGGUUAAAUGCAACAGAGGGAUUUAUUUUAAAACCAGUAAACUGGUAUCACUCCCAUGCUUUAUGGUAGAUGUACUAUAUCUACAGUCAUGCUUGUCCUGAUGUAAAAAGAAUAAUCAAGUAAUGCCUCUAAAGGCAUUCCCCUCGACGAUCAGAGCUAAAAUUGACGUCUUAAAAAAACAUUAGUGCACUUUGCAGUCAUUUUGAAUGUGCACCGCCACACGCUCGGCCUUAUGAGGACUUCAGGGCCGACACAAGAUGUGAGCCCAGAAAGGGGAUUUAAGGGAGGGUGCAGACUCGUGGUGUGUGGAGUGGCAGUAAGGUAAAGUUUUAGGGUUAGAAGGUGGGAGUUGGUUGGGGUGGUGGGGUGGGGGGUUUAUGGGGAGGCACUGUAUGACCUGUGGUACACACACAACCGCAAACGUGACCGCAGCCGCGUUUGGCUUUAACCCUCUCUUGUCAGGGAGCUUUCUAAAACGGCAUGACAGCUGUGAAUGUACAAUAUGCAGCCUUUUUAGAAAAAAAUCACCCCUGCGGUGUCCAGCAGGCCGGGCCAGAGGCACAGACACACAGAUUGUCAUUCUCACUCUCGCUCUUUCUUUCUUUUCUUUUCUUUUUUUUGGUUUUAAUUUGGCGAGCUGGCCGACCGCUCUGUGAGUGCGCUGGACACGCAGGUCCUGGUGUCCCUUUGUGCUUUACUUUGGAGACCAUGGAAGCUUGUUGCCUUAUUUUGUCACCUUUCAGACAUCACCCAUCAGCUUCAUCUUCCAGACGCAAGGUUAUUGCCAAUACGCACAGCUUCUUCCGUGUGUGUGUGUGUGUGUGUACGUGUGUGUGUGUGCGUGCGCAUGUGUGUGUGUAUAUAUAUAUAAAAAGAGAGAGUAAUAUUUAUGAAUCUAUUUUUUUCCUAUUUUGUGAUGAGAGCUAUUGAUAAGAAACAAAAAGAAAAACAAAGUCCUUUUCUUUUUUUCCUCAGUGGGACACUGCCAUAUUAUUUUGAAGGGAAGUGUUUAUUUUCUUGAAAACUAGACUAUGAAUAAUAAUAUAAAUGAAAAAAAAAACCUGAAAAAAUAGGAGAACAGUAAAGUGAACCACCGCGUUAACUUUGGUCAGGAUGUGAACAGUGCGCAUGUCAGUAUUGUGAUCUACCUCAGGCUUCAGGGUACCUCAGUCCAAUCUUUCAUUUCCCCUUUUUCCACAUUUUGUAUGCCUUGUUAACUGAUCAUUUUGAGCGUUUUUAAUUUUCUUUUUUAAUGAAAAAACAAAAAAGAACAAGAGAAAAGAUCUUCAGUAAUCUCGAAAAACUCUUCAGGUCCAGCCGACUGGUGAAACUUUGUAAACCGUAGUCAACUCUGUUGGACUGUCUUUGCCUGGACGCCAUACAACCUCUUAAUGAUACACGUCAAAAGGAUUUCCAAGUACAUUUUUUGUUAGAAAGGAAUGAAGAGCAGGAUCUAAGGGGUACAUACCUGCCCGAAGUGGUUCUGAAUGUGGAUGCUGUGUACUGAUUUCACCAUCAAAGAAAGAAAAAUAAGAUACGAAUCAGUUGAUCGAAACAGAAACUGUACCUCCUGUUUUUCCCAACUGUACCUCCAGGUUUUUUUUAGACUUAAAAAACAAAACAAAAAAAACAAUGAAGUUUAUUCACUUGUGAAAAAAAAAACAACUUAAUUUUUCUAACAACCCAAUUCAAUCUUACCAGCUCUAUUUGAUAACAGCAUACUCUGGGGUUGAUUUGAAGAAAACACAAAGCUGCAAAAAUACACUGACGGGACUCUUGAACAUGGUGUAAAAACCCUAGUCUUCUGUGUAGAAUGUAGAACAACUCUAGUCGUUGAAAUGUCACUGUGUACGACAAGAUAACUGUAUAUCUGUAAACAUGUACAAUAGAGUCACACAUAAAUGCAUCGUUCUCUGUCUCUCUAUAACACUUAUCGGUCUGCACCUGCGUUGGGAGAGAUGGUGGGAGACGUUUAGAGCGUCACAGCUUCCCUCAAAACUGACCUCUAAAUGCUUUUCUCAUCAGUCUACCGAUUUUAUUUUUUGUUGUGCUGUACAUUUCAGAAUUACCUCUCAGAAUCCAAGGCUGACUUUAGUUACUAAAACCGAUGUAGGGCAAAAAGAAUUAAAUAAAUGAAUGAAAUAGUGAAAGUUAGUGUUUGUCUUUGGAGUUCUUUUAACUGUCGAAAGCUGAUUUGUACUUUUUUCAAGGGCAGACUUCUUGUUGUCAUCAGAUGAGAUGGAUUGUUUUUGUCCCAGUGAACACAGACUAGCAGUGCUAAAAUAAAAACAUAAAAAAAGGUCUAUCAAACUCACACAAUGCCUGAGGCUGUUUCAGCGAGCCUCCCCACAGCCGGUACAGUACCUCAUACUGAUGAUAGCUCACCAGACCUGAUUCAGAUACCCUGACCUUACCCACACGAAUGCAGUACGGUGCUUCUACUCGGACGCGUGACUCCUGUGGCGGUCUGCUUCACUGUAGUAGGGCAUGUCGUGGAGAAAAACAGCUUUUCACAGUAGCACUGGAAAUUGUAGUUUGUCACUCAUGGUUUGUUGACUUGUCAGGAGUAGCUUUUUAGGGCAGUUUUUGAAGUUGAGGCUCUUUUUCUUGCAUUGCGGAGGACUCCUCAGGCCUCUGUCGCUCGUGUUUUUGGCUCUUUACACAGUUAAGUGCAGGUUUCCCUCCAGCUGGUUUGGUUUCACUGUGGUGUCGUGAGCUGCCUGGUCGUCGAGACAUCUGUAAGCCGACCGCAAUCUGAGGCGAAACUUGUCGAGAUGAUAGUAACCUUUUUCUUUUUUUUUUUUAAUCUUCCAAGGAUUGGUGUUUCUAGGUUUUGUGGGGUGUUGCUAGACAUUAAUAUUCAGUACCAGAAAACCACAAUUACACACAUCACUAAGGGUGUACUGUGUUGUUAGUCAUAUCACAUGGUGGUUGGAUAGCUUAGGCUUUUUUUUCUGUUGAUCUGGUUUUCUUGUCAUUUACACUGACUUAAUAAUGUAGUCUGGAGCAGUAGCUGGGAUUCUUUGCUUUAAUAUUCAUUCCUGUUAGAUCACUACCGAUUAUACUAGCUGUUAAAUUGUGGUUGAAAAAUAUUCUAGCUAGGAUUUUGAACAGAUUUGGGAAUCAGAAUGGCAAAACAACUCAGCCCCUCCAGGAUGUUGCGAUCACAGCAGUGAACCCAAAUUCAACCAAACCCUGUGAAUUCUUCACGACUCUGGAAUUUUGUCCAAUCGCAACGCAACUUUCCCGCAAAUUUAAUCAAUCACUGUAGUCUUCCAUGAGUCCCUAAAUUCACUUUCUUGUUUCUGGGUGUGAGGUUGCAGAUUCGUGCAUCACAUACGUCACAUUUACUAACAGGAAUUACAGUGAAAGAUCGUAGAAGGCGAUUCCCUGAUGUUCUGCAUGAAAGCAGGGGUAAAAAAGUUUUGCACCAAGUGCACAAAACCCAACCAGAGCAUGGCUGAAACACGUAGACAACAGACAAGACAACUCGUCAUGACAGAGGCUGUUGCAUCCAGAUGAAUAAUGGUAAGAUAGAUUAAAUAUGCAAGGUUACAUUAGGUAACGUAACAAAAGUCUACGUCACAAAGUCACACAAACAGUGCGGUUUUAGUCUCUCUGGAAAAGUUGCCUUUGAUUUUUAAUGAAUUACACAAAGACAUGCAACUAUUUUUUGCAAAAAAAAAAAGGCCUUAAAACACUGCAGCAUGCAUCGCACAAUCCUGGAGGGACUGAUAAUGAAUCUGUGACAUGCAAAGGAGGAGGGUUGACAGAGUAUCCAGGUCUGAUUAAAUUUAGAAAAAGAUGAUAAAUCUCGUUCUGCCUUUGCAACUGAACAGAAAAAGAGGGCAUUCAACAACCAUCCAAAAAUUAAUGAGAGUAGCUGAGGAAGGAUUAAGUAAGUCUGUUUGGAUGUAUGCAGAACCACAGCAGUGUUUUUUGUCCUGUCUUGUUAAAUGGGAAAACACAAAGCAUUGCAUGAGACUGUUGUAGGCGAUCCAGUAUGUACUACACUUCAUAUAGCACUAGACUUUCAGUAGUGGUUUUAAAUGGAUCCAUUUCUUAACUGCAUUUCACCAUUUGGGAUAUUCCUUUUGUUUCCUCGGUAGGUCACAAACCCUCGAGUCCUACAUUUCCCACGGGCCAAAAGGUCCCAAACACCUCAAGGUAAUCGGUGACUGUGUGCUUGACAGACAUAAGAUCCAUUUUUUUAAAUCCAUCUCGUGGAUCCAUGCCUUUCUGGUAACAGCCACGCUGUUGUUUUGAGUUGUGAGUGAACUGUAUUGCUGAGCAACCUGGAUCUGAGCAAUAAAGACUAUUUGAAAAAACAAA